AUGCCUGACAGCAUCUCUAUCUUCCUCAUCCCCGCCCUCUCCGGCGUGCCGCCAACCGCGCCCGAGAUCCUCUGGGUGAUGCGGGCCAAUGCGGCCUUGCGAACCCUCCUCGGCCGCCUCGAAGCCACGCGCCCCGCCCGCGCCAACCAGCUCCUCGGGGGUCACGCUCUCGCUGACCUCCGAGCCUCCAUUGACCGCACCUUGCGGACUGUCGAGGUGGCCCUCGAGGAGCUGGGCAGAUACCGCCAUCGCCGCCCGCACCUCACCGAGGAGCAGGAGCUCCGCCAAGUCAAGGCGGUCGUCGAGAACCUGCGCGCCGACUGGGCCGCCUAG